AUGCCUGGGAAUGUGCCCAGAGCUCUUCUGCCUCCCCCACGGAGGUGCUUCCUCCAACUCCCCUCCCUACCAUGUCUCCAAGCUCGAAGCAAUGUUCUACUACUCGGGCAUCUCUCCGACUCCCCGAAGCCCGUAUACCGUACGGGGAGCUCGAAGACGCCCCGGGUCAAGCGUACGGGUCCCGAGUCCUAUCGCAAGCUUAAGCAGGCACGUGGGGUGUUCGGGCACAAGCUCAACGUCGUCUGGAAGGACACGUCGUUCGUUUCAUCACCGAUGGCGACGGGGGACGAGAAGAUUCGCGGGCCUGUCAUGAUCUGGAUCGGUGUUCGUCCCGAUUCGCUUAACGGCGAAGACGCCUUCGGCAUAAGCAACGACAUUCUUGACCUUCUCGCAAAGUUCGACAUCGAUGACGUCGAAGUUGAAUACCGCGAGUCCGUCUACAAGCGGUCGGCCGGUCCAGCGCUUCUUCGCUCUGUUUCCGAUUUCAACGCCACCGUGGACGUCCGCGGUCCCCUUACCCCCGCUCUCGGACUCCCUAUCGCUGCCUCUGACAGGCAGGACGCCCAGGGCACCAUGACCCUCUAUUUUGCCGAGAGCGUCAAGAAGGACUGGGGGCAGCGCAACAUCGGCUGCAUCCACUUCUCCCCUGCCAUCGCCUUCAAUGUCGGUCCCGGAGGCUUUACCAAAGACUGGGGCGCGUUUGAGCUUGACUGUGACAAGUUCAAGGAUGCAUUCAGGGGCAAUUGCACCGAGAUCCCGCCCCACCAGUUCACCUCGAAGAUGUAUCCCCGCGACGACGGCAAGCCAACCUUCAAGUACCUCGACGAUCGUCCCCUCCAACUCGGCGAUAUAAUCACGGAAGAGCGCAUGCGCGACCCCGACACGCUCAAUCACAAUAACGAGGCCUGCUUGCUCGUCAUCAAGAACGGCAGCGCCACCGGCGUCAUCAUCGGACGCGCGACGGGAGUCUCCUUGUUCGUUCGCGACGACGAAACCGGUCAGGAGUCGAUGGCGUGGGCUAUCUACAACUACGACAACAAUUCCGGCGCGUUCUCAGCCCCCGGUGACUCCGGGUCCAUCAUCGUCGACGGGCUUGGUCGCAUCGGCGGCCUUCUUACCGGCGGCACUGGCAAGACAGAGACCUCCGACGUCACCACCCCACCAUCAUGGCGUAGAUGCCCACCAGAUUCGUUGCACGCCUCGUACACGGUCUCACAGAUGAAGACAGUCCAAGAUGCGAAUGGCUCCACGGAUGGCGCGUACGAUUUUGAAGAUGCAGCCCGCGUCAAACACAUCCGCAUUGGUGUCUGGGAUCUAUAUGAGGAGCGGAAAGAUUCUCUGCGUUCCCGCAUUCCCGGCGCCGCAACACUGGUGCAAUACAAAGAGAUAGUGCAGUGUUUGCCAUACAUUCGACUCGUGCUCAAUGACAUGCUCAAGAUCAGGAAUGGGCUCACGCUGCUCUGGUUGUACGCGUUGGUACAGCUUCUCUUGGCGCUCAUACCUGCUGCUUCUCUAUGGUCUGUACAAACGGCGGUAGAGAUCCGCACAGUAGACAAGUCUUUCCUCCUGCGCGUAUUCCUGGGACACACCGUGUGCACUGUGGUAGAGCGCCUACUCAGUUUUGCACAGGAAGAGUUGCAGCAUCCCAUGAAGACUCGGCUCCAGCAGUACUACCAAGUGCAUAUUGCCCACGCACGUGCACGCCUCGAUGUCCCCACAUUCGGUGAUGCAGUCGUGGAGCGCCAACUCGACGACGUAGAUCCUGGGUACUUUCCCAACGCCGCUUGGUCGACUUUUGACAUGAUGGCAUCCGCGUUGACGAUCACGGUCCAAACGACCGGGCAGGUCACGGUGCUCAUCCGCGUACUGAAGGCACAGCCAGGCGGCUUGUUAAUUGCUGCGAUCGCAAUCGCGCACUCGGGAUUUCGACUGGCGAACAAUCGGUCAGGAUAUUUGUUUCGUACUGGACGUAAGGAAAGUCUCGUGGAAACCCGAACAAUAGUUGACUGUCCUCUCACCGUCUAUAGUUGUCUGGGCUGCAAACACUAG